UGUGUGUGGUGGGGGGGGGGGCAUACUCGUAUUAAUAAAGCAACAUGUUGGAAUGAAAGAAAAAACACUCCUGCAUGGCACCGCACGCCUCCCUCCUCCUGUCCUCCUGUCUCUAUACCUCCAUGAAUGAUUCCCAGAGGCGGCCAUUGGCCAAUUGUUUCCAGGAGCCUGCAGAAGAUGAAGGGAUGAGAUUGGUGUAACUUUUGCAUGACCCCCUCCUUGACAAAGACAGUCGCCAUCAAUUGUCCUCACUCAUUAUAUCCCCCUGCUUUUAAACCAGAGGGGCUUCUUUUUUUUUUUGUGGCGCAGAUGCCAGAGCUUGGAGCACACAUGAAAUAUCUCAUUUUACUUUAAAUGUUUGUUAUUUAAAGCUUAUUUUAUGUUUUUUUUAGUAUUUGCAGCAAGGUAUAACGUGUUUUUGUUCUCUCGGGGUGGAACUUUGUUUUCAUAACCUGCAGACAGAUGUUUGAGGGUUUAUUUUUCCACCAUGAGUGCAAUUAGGGCAUAUUUGGAGUGGGUGAAAUUGCUCUUAGUUGUAUGUUUACCCGUGUGAGGAGCAGCGUCACCUCCAUUGGCCGACACAGUCACAUGGUCCGCUAACUUUAUUCAGUUGACACCAAAGUAGGAGGGCUUUAUGGAGGGAGGAAAAAAGACAACUCGAGAAAAAUUAGUAUUUUCUACCUUCACAAAUUAAUGGCCAUGAGUUCGUAUAUGGUGAACUCCAAGUAUGUGGAUCCCAAAUUCCCCCCCUGCGAGGAAUAUUCGCAGAAUAACUACAUACCUGAGCAGGGCUCGGACUACUUCAGCCCAUCGCAGGACACUGACUUUCAGCACCCGGGGAUCUACCCACGCUCAAACUACACGGAGCAAGCUUUCGGCUGCAACGCCGUGCAGGAGCCCCCUGUGCAGCCACGGGGUCACGUCCACGACAGAGCCGGCCAGGCGAGCCCCUUCGUCGCACAGACUGAGCAAGCGGAGCCGGUACAUGUGACCGGAGCACGGACGUGUGCACAGCAGAACACAAAGACUCCGAAUGGGAUGCCAGGCAAGCAGCCCGCGGUAGUUUACCCAUGGAUGAAGAAAGUGCACGUCACUACGGUCAAUCCGGAUUACACGGGUUCCGAGCCCAAACGCUCCAGAACAGCUUACACCCGGCAGCAGGUUCUGGAGCUGGAGAAGGAGUUCCACUUCAAUCGCUACUUGACCAGGAGGCGCCGAAUCGAGAUCGCCCACACGCUUUGUCUCUCCGAGAGGCAGAUUAAGAUCUGGUUCCAGAACAGGAGGAUGAAGUGGAAGAAGGACCACAAACUGCCGAACACUAAAGGAAGGUCGGUACCGACCCCGGGCCACCUACAAAGCCUCCACAAGGACAACCAGACUGACAUCACGUCCUUGUAAAGACCCAGACGCGAGCAAAGGCGUCGCAUCUGACUUUUGCAUGGACCGAAGUCGUUUUUAGACUUUUUUUUUUUAAUUUAAUGAAAAUAAAUCCGUGUUGACUUGAGGCUGGGAUGGAAAAGAUAAAAAUCAAUCAGUAUUUUCACGGACAGGUUCGAGUCUCUUUUAUGGUUCGCUUACUGCAAAGAUGCACCAUGAAAUAUUACAACCAAACUUUUUACUUUUUUUUUUUUUUGGAUGUGGGGGGGCUCUGUGAGGACGUCCACCUUCAGCUUCUAUGGAUUUAAGAGCGUCGUUUCUAUUUCAUUUAAGAACAUUGGUUGGAAUUACGCACACGUCUCAGUAGCUCGCAAAUGUACUUGAAGGAAAGUGCAAGCAAAAGCACGGAACCUUAUUGUCCCAAAUAUCGCUCGUCUUGGUCAUAUGUAUGUUUUAACUUAUUUUGUACCAUAAAAGCUUUUUUUUUUCUUUUCUUGAAAUAUAUGUUCUUCAAAACAUUCCUUUUUCCUUAGAAAUAAAUCUCGCCUCGGCAUUUUUCUAAACGUUUUCAACCUCUGUCAUGCUCGUUUUUUAUUUUAAUUCCUGCAUGACAUCGAAUUGUUUGAAAUAUUUAGGAAUAUUUGUGUUACAUUUUAUUUAUUUGUUUAAAAAAAAAGUGAACGUUUUCGUAUUGCGCGCACACCCAAUGAAACGAAUGCUCCCGGUUAAGAAUGAACCUUUUCCAAAUAUAUGUUUCUGCAUGGCUUUAUGUAAAGUUUCGUCUUAGUUUUGAUGUGAGAAUGUAUUUUUUAUUUCUUUCUCGGGUUAAAGAAAAGGUUUAGAAGUUGGGGGGGGUGUCAAGUCAGAAAAAAAGAUUUUUUUUUGUAGUUUUUUUGUUUUAAAACAGUCAUUGUCUCAACACAAGAAAAGGCCCAGAAGCUCUCUCCCCGGAUCUUGGAGGUCUUGUGGAGGAGGUAUUUGAAGCGAAGGUCGGUGGCAGGUUCAUCCAGGGGACACGUUGGAGCCGCAAGGGAUGACCCCAACACCCCUGACCCGGCCGGACAGGCAGCAUUUUCUCCUUUUUUUUGAGACAAAAAACUCUGUGAAGCAUUCAGAGCGAGUCAGUGCGUGACUUGUGAAACAGAGUUCUUUCUAUCUAAAAAAAAAAAAAACACAAAACAAAAAAAAAACUGCCCAGUAUUUGAAGACAGAGGUUCCAAUAUACGCGUAAUGUCAAAAUGCAAUCUCUUUUAACUGCUCUUAUUUUUGUACAUGCUUUUUACCUUGUAUUUGUGCAUCGGGAUGUGAGAAGUAUAUUGGAAACGAAAUAAAGAUUUCUACUGAU